UCUGUCUCCCUCUCCAAUAAUUUGGAUGUCCAUAGCACAAGUGGAUCAUGGCUGGCUGCCUUGCGUGUUUGUGGAGGAACAGGAAUUAUGUGGUGAUAGUAGUGACACCCCUCAUGCUCCUGCCUCUGCCACUGACCAUCCCAGGCUCGGAGGCAGAGUGUGCCUAUGUGAUCCUCCUGAUGGCUGUAUACUGGUGUACAGAGUGUAUCCCUCUGGCUGUGACCGCCCUGCUCCCCAUCAUUUUCUUCCCCAUGAUGGGCAUCAUGGAAUCAACUGAGGUGUGUGCUCAGUACCUGCCAGACUCCAACAUGCUCUUCAUCGGUGGGCUGCUGAUGGCGAUCGCAGUGGAGCACUGGAGCUUGCACAAGAGGAUUGCCCUUGGCGUUAUGCUGCUUGUAGGCGUGAAGCCAUCUCUCCUGAUGCUGGGAUUCAUGGCCAUCACAGGCUUCCUGUCCAUGUGGAUCAGUAACACAGCGUGCACAGCCAUGAUGGUGCCCAUUGUUCAUGCCUUGGUCAAGCAGCUGUCCGACACAGAGGCCAAGGCAGAGGACGGGGAUUCGGACCUGAUCGGCCAGCUGAACCAGGCCUUCGAGCCGACUGACACCGACAAGAACAUGAGAGACAGCAGCAGCAGCAUGGGUGUGUGUAUGUGUGCGGAGACGAGCAGAAUCAAGAGGGAGCAGAAGUAUGCCAACCUGUCAAAAGGCUUGAGCCUAAGUGUGUGUUAUGCUGCCAGCAUUGGAGGUACCGCCACCCUCACAGGAACCGCACCCAAUGUCAUUCUGAAGGGCCAGAUUGAUGAACUCUUUCCAGAAAACGGAGACAUAAUUAACUUUACUAGUUGGUUUGCCUUCGCUUUUCCCUACACGAUCUUACUGCUUGGCUUUUGCUGGUUGUGGCUGCAUUACCUUUUUUUGGGCUUCAGCUUGAAGAAGUCUUUUGUAAAGAAUGAUGGGGACAGGGAAGCAUACCAGAUAAUGAAAGAUGAGUACAAAAGGUUGGGCAGCAUGAGCUUCGCUGAGGGCUGUGUGCUGGCUGUCUUCACCGUGCUGGUUGUCCUCUGGUUCACCAGGGAGCCUAGCUUCAUUCCUGGUUGGGCAACUGCUUUGAAUAAAGACAAACCGUAUGUCACUGAUGGCACAGUGGCCAUAUUGUUAUCAGUGCUCCUCUUCUGCAUCCCAUCCAGAAUACCCAGGUGUAGAGGGACAUCUGAGGAUGGACAACCCCUCAGUGCCCCCCCAGCGCUGCUCAACUGGCCAACAGUCCAUGAAAAGAUGCCUUGGAACAUGAUUUUGCUUUUGGGGGGAGGCUUUGCAAUGGCUAAAGGAAGUGAGGCAUCUGGACUCUCCAAAUGGCUGGGCGAUGCUCUGUCACCCCUGCAGAACAUCCCUCCCUUUGCCACCUGCAUCCUGCUGAGUCUGCUGGUGGUCAUUUUCACCGAAUGUUUAAGCAACAUCGCCACCACAACUCUCUUCCUGCCUAUACUGGCCUCUAUGGCCACCGCCAUCAACCUCCAUCCGCUGUACGUCAUGUUGCCUUGUACCUUCUGCGCCUCCCUGGGCUUCAUGCUGCCUGUGGCCACUCCGCCCAAUGCUAUUGUUUUCUCCUAUGGCAACAUCACCCUCAUGGAAAUGGCCAAGGCUGGGAGCGUUCUGAACAUUAUGGGAGUCAUAAUUAUCAACAUUGCCGUAAACACUUGGGGUGUGGCCCUUUUCCAGCUCAAUACCUUUCCCAGUUGGGCCAAUACCACCAAGGCCCCUUGA